CGGGCGCACACCCUGCUGCGGCUGAAGACGGCCUGCACCAGCCUGAGCACCGACAGCCUCAACAGCGGCAGCACCAGCGACGGCUACUGCACCAAGGAGCACAUGAAGCCCUGCCCCAGGGCUGCCUUCCUGGACUAUCGUGACGAGCUGCAGCGCUACCAGAAGCGGCCCAGCCGGCUCGACCUCAAGAGCAUCCUGGGCAAACCGGAGCGGGCCGAGCCCCCCGCGCGGGACCCGGCCGAGCAGGACAAACCCGAGCAGCGGGACCUGCCCGAACGGGCCAAGAAGGUGGUGACUUUCCCCAGCCCCAAGGUGCCGGAGAAGGAGAUGGAGUGGACGAAGGAGGUGGGCACCAAGCCCCCCACCGACCCUCAUGUUCGCACCAUCAAGCUCUCUCCGUCCUACCAGCAUGUGCCCAUGCUUGAGACCCUGGCCAAGAGCAGCACGGCUGCUGGCCACCAGCCCUCCCUCCUGGGCAGGAAGCAAGCCUGGCUCCCCCCGGCGCUGCUGCAGGCGGCCGAGCCCCUGAGCAAGAUCCCGGAGAAGCUGCCGGCCCAGCCACCGGCCUCGGCGGAGCAGGAGUCGGUGCAGAAGUACUCGGUGGAGGACACCCCAAUCUGCUUCUCCCGGUGCAGCUCCUUGUCCUCCCUCUCCUCGGCAGACAACGUGCUGGAUGGGCAGAGCCACAGCGAGAACGACCUGGACAGCGACUCCUCCCUGGAGAUCCUGGAGAUGGAGGAAGGGGAGGCAGAAGGGGAGGAUGGGAGGCAGGAGAAGGAGAAGGAUCCUGGUCCCACCACACCGGUGGGGAUCUCCCAGCCCAUCACCAUCCCCUUCCCGAAGCGCGACAAGGUUUUCCUGCGGGAGGCCUCGCCCUCGCGCCAGGAGGACCUGACGCCCUCGAGCUCCUCGGAGAAUUACAUCCAGGAGACGCCGCUGGUGAUGAGCCGCUGCAGCUCCGUCAGCUCCCUGGGCAGCUUCGAGAGCCCCUCCAUCGCCAGCUCCAUCCAGAGCGACCCGUGCAGUGAAAUGAUCAGCGGCACCAUCAGCCCCAGCGAGCUGCCCGACAGCCCCGGGCAGACCAUGCCCCCCAGCCGCAGCAAGACUCCCCUCUUCGAGCUGGGCUGCCAGCCGGAGAAGGAGACCAGCCAGUUCAACAUCCAGUGGGAGAACAACGUCAAGAAGUUCAUGGAGAUCACCGACUUCAAGGAACGCUUCCAGCUGCCCCAGGACCUGGACUCCAUGGUCUACUUCACGGUGGAGAAACCCAACGAGAACUUCUCGUGCGCCUCCAGCCUGAGCGCCCUGCCCCUCCACGAGCACUACGUGCAGAAGGACGUGGAGCUCAAGCUGAUUCCCACCUUCCCGGAGAAGAACAGCCUGAACUUCGCGGCUCACGAGAAGCGGGAGGAGCGGCGGGAGGAGCGGUACCUGGAGGGCCGGCGAAGGGCCGAGCACCCCGAGCCCCCCGAUGACGAUGACAUCGAGAUCCUCAAGGAGUGCAUCAGCUCGGCCAUGCCCUCCCGCUUCCGCAAGGUCAAGACCUCGCUGCUGUCCGGCCAGGUGCUGCACCCGCAGACCAAGAAGCCGCUGCACGUCCCCGUGUACAUGCUGGUGCCGGCCCACGCCCACCCCGGCGUCCCCAAACACCUGCGAGCCACCGCCCGCGACCUCUUCAAAGACGACGACUCCUUCACCGACUCGGCCGACGGGACCCCCGUCAACUUCUCCAGCGCCGCCUCGCUGAGCGACGAGACCCUGCGGUACCCG